AGUAGUAGUAUUUUAUUGUUGAUGCUCUUCUUGUUUACAGAAUUUUCAAUGACAUUUUUGCUCCUGGACUUAAUUUAAAUUUUGUCAUAUUUAAUAUAAUGCUCUGAACAUAACAAAACACUAAAAUGAAAAAGUGUACAUGUUCAUCUGUCUGUCUGUUCGUGGUCUGUCGCCACACUCGCAAACUUUCCCACUAAAAGUGGACAUGUGUGUAUAUUUGUUUAUGUUUGUGUUUGUGUGUGUGUGUGUGUGUGUGUGUGUGACCUCUCCAACUAAUAUCUCAUCUUAUUUUCAAUCUGAUAACGAAUCUAUAUUUUUUUCUUCUGCCUCUUAAACCUCGUAGUUUCUCUUUGAGUCUUUUUGAAGGAAAGUCCCAUUACACAUAUUAUUAAUUGGCAAACAUACACACAUGCCUAAAGUGCUGGAUAUAUUAUAUCUCACGUCCACAUUGUGUAAAGAAACGUGUUCAGUCUCGGUCAGCGCAUCCGCAUGUGUGCUUAAAUGACUCAGUCCUGAAAAUACAGACUGAAUGCAAAUUCUCCUCAAUUGUACGGACCACCAGGGCUAGUUUUCACAUAGGGAAGUUGUAUAAUGUCUCAGUGACUACGUUUUUUAACAUAAUAAAACCACACUGGCAUACAUAGUAGCAAGAGUAAACGGUAUAGUAUAAUGAAGGUAGAUUCUAACUGGAAGGUUUAACUGGUUAAAGGGUAUUUUUUAAUAACUAGCAGGGCAAAAUGUUUUAAAUUAAUUAGAUUUUCUUUCCAUGGUAAUAAAGGUGGAAAUAUUGCUUAAAUCUUUAAUCAAGACUUUAAUAUAUCUGUACAGAAACAUACAAAAAUGCUUAUAUAAAGGAGUGAUUUUAGCAACUUUAUUACACAGCCCAUUUGUAAAUAUCAUAAAGUGUUACAAUACUUUUUGUCUUCAUUUUCAACACUGUAUGUAUUAUUUUGUUAUUUAAAACCUAACAAACCUAUUGUUGUGUAAUGUUUUGCUUGACAAGUGUGCUUGUCUCAUCGUUCUUAAAAUAAAUGACACUUCGUUUGAUAUUUUGUUACAUGAUGCAAAUAAAUUCAUACAUUUAAUGAGUGACUUAAGUGUCCAAAUAGUUUUUGGGGGCAGUAUAUAUAUAUAUAUAUAUAUUAAGGGUUUUAAUCUAUAGGACAGUGGAGACAGACCAGGAAGUUAAACCAUGGGCCAACAGCUCUUUUAAAUGAACACUCUGACAAAGAAGUUUAUUUUUAAAACUUAAUAUGAUGCUUAAUAGUCAGAAACAAUAAUAAUAGAUUACAUCUUAACUAAUCUGUCUAAAUUUUAACAAAUUAAAAAUGUCUAACUGUAACUGUCAUAAAUGUAAUCAAAAGCUCCAUAACACAGCAGUUCUCUUUCAAUGAUUUGCAAUUCAAUCUGGUCUCAUCUAAACAAGAGUCUAUUUAAAGAGCAUGCCGGUAUUCUCCUACAGAUACAAGCCUUCAAAAAGAACGCUGACACUGCAUCCACUGGACUUGAGCUGCUUGUGUGUGUGUAUGUGUGUAUGUGUGUUUGUGGUUUUGGUUUGACUCAGUGGUUUCAAUGACACUAUGGACUCUAGAGAAGGGUUUGUGUAGGUUGUCUUCUUAACUAGUUUCUCUCCUACUCAAGUAAACUCUGCCCUCUAACCUUUCAACAUGACUUUAUUUUUUCUCUCUUUUUUUCUACUAUACCACUCUUUCCCUUUUCAAUAGUUUCAUUUCUCGGUUUCUCCUACUCACAUACUAAUGAUGUGUUUGAAAGCUUGUGUGAUCUGGGCAUAUAUCAUUAUCUCUCUACAUGUUUAUCACGUAUGUAAAUGCAUAUGUUCAGAGCGGAGGGUGUGUGUAUGUGUGUGUGUGAGAGAGAGAGAGAGAGAGAGAGAGAGAGAGAGGGCGAGUGGGAGUGUGUGUGAUUACCCGUCUGUUAUUGCGUGCAUGUGUGUGUGUGUGAUUAUCCCUUUCGCAGUGAGUAAGGCGAGUGGGCGAAAGCAGCAACUGGUCUGCCUGUGUGUUGUUGCAUAGCAGACACUGCACGAUAUUACUCAUUUCCUUAGCCUUGUGUACACACACACACACACACACACACACACAAACUCAAACACUUUUUCACAGUCAGCCUCAAAGCCUUUCGACGUGUUGUGACUCCACAGUUUGACUGUAGAUUUGAGCACACCAUUGCCUUAGUGGUACGUCUGUGUGUGCGUGUGUGUGUGUAUACUGCAGAAAUGAGUGCCGUCACACGGAUAUCUGCUCAUCACACCCUGUCAAGGUGAGUAGGAGUUCUGAGUGCGGCCAUCUGUGACACGUGGUGUGCGUGAUGCUGAUCAGCAGUAGAAAGUGUCUCUCUCCUGGCCCCUCAUUCUCCCCAGCUGCCCAUGUAACCUAGUGUGGCCCGGCAGUCCCGGGGGAUUGCCCCAUGAAUCCAAGCCCAGACCGCAGCAAAGAGUGUCUCCCCCCCAAGAAACGGGAGUCCCGACAGGGCUCUUCGGAACAGCAGGCCCUAGAUGAUGACUUCAAAUCCCCUGCCCCUCUCCGAAGCCGAAGGCACAACGAAUUCACAGAGGGUCACAGAGAGAGUGGUGAUCUACUCCCACCCCUUCCGUCCAUGCUGCCACCCCUUUCUCUGUCACUGCCUUGGCAGGCAUCCUACACCCCUUCAAUGCAUCACUCGUACCUGCCGGCUCAGGUGGGUGAGAGGCAAGGAUCGGCCCCUGCGCCCUGGAGAGAGACAGUAUGUGGACGGGGUAUGGACAGGGGACUGGAGCACCCGAUUGCCCACCACUCUCGAUGGCUGCAUGGUGACAUCCCCCCCAUGAGUCUGCAGCCACUGAUAUCCAUGCCCACGUUCAAGAGUGUCUAUAUGGGCGAGUCCAGAGAAAUGUGGCCUUAUGGCCCCAGUCGACGAGAUUGCAGAUCGACUAUCUUCUCUUCCCAUCUCUUUCCACAGCCUACGGUCUAUCCUCAUGAAACCAUCCCUGACAGCCGCCUAAGCUACCAAGGCAGACGGCCUAAUGGUGUUGAUGGCCUAGACAGCAGGUCUGGCUUUAGCAGAAGAGUGCCCAUGUGCAAUGACUAUAGGAACGACAGCAUGACCAGGUUGGAUGGUUCUCAUGCCAAUGGCAGGAGGAGACAGGACGAUACAGUCAGACAGAACACUGGGAGGAGCCUUCUGCCACGAGAAAGCACAAGUGCACAUUCCUCACCACGGGACAGGGACACACCGGGAACUCCCAAAGCUCCAAUUCCCCCCUCAUCAGACACAAAGACUGGAAAGGCUUCUCAGGAACAUUUCGGUGGAAGUGCCUCCCAGGCUGAAGCUCAGAUCUACUAUGCCUUAGGGUCCCUCUGCCCUACUGCUUACCAGAACCCUCAGGCUUACCCAAAACUUCAUCAUUCAGACCCUCCUUCUUGCCCCUUGAGGAACUUUCAGCACUCCCCCCACAGCCACCUCAACAGCCAUGGAGUUGAGAUAGAAUGGGAUCCCUCUCCAGGGUCCUACCGCCCUACAGUCGCUGUGCUCACUGGCCCUGACCAGCCCCCUUCUGCAGUCCUACCUCAUUUUGCCAAAGGUUCCCUGAUCGAGCUGGCUGGUGGCCGUCUGAAAAGGGUGGAGGAGCUGAAGACGGAGGAUUUCUUGCACAGUGCUGACACUUUGCCUGAGUUUCAUCUGAGCACCUGCACUAUUCUGGUAAUUUCACCUGGACCCACCCACGGCUUCAACCAUCUGCAGGUCCUGCUCACAGACCGCAACACUCAGGAGCAACUCACAGUCUUAGCAGAAUUUCCAUUUUUCGUACGGGACCGCGGCUGGUCUUCGUGCAGUCCUCAGCGGAGCGCCCAGAUGUAUGGCCUGCAGUGCCGACAGCUCAGCACAGGUGACGUGUGUCUGGCACUGACUCCCACACCGACUUUAAUCCACUCAACAGCAACCUUUGCACACUCUAGCAAACAGUUGCGGCGCUCACUCGCCCACUCAGGAGCAGGGAUGGAGUCUUGCACAGACACAGCAGAGAGGAUGCCCCCUCCCCCUGCUCCUCCUCCUCUCCCUGCAGCCCAGCCAACAACUCCUGAGUGCCCCCGCAAACGCAAGAGACACUGGUCUGCCCCUGAGCUCCAGUUGGGAAAUGAGACUAGCUCCAGUUUACCUCAAGGUUCUAAGCACGAGAGAUGGCAGUAACAUUCUUACUUACCUUCAAUCGUCAAGAAAAGACCAGGAUUGGGGAAGUCACCUAGGAAGGUUUAGUAAUUGAUUACUCCUCAUGGAAUAGCCAGUCAAUUGUUUCCCUUCUGUGCUCUACUGUUCAGAUCAGAUGGGAAAGUGACACAUGCUAGGAAAGCCCAAAAUGCACAGUGAGACAAUCAAAAAUUACGUAUCUGUAAUGCCAUGCACCUUUAGUUAUGCUAAUCUCAAGCCUUUUUCUGCAGGGUAUGUCUUUUCAAUCAGUAUUAUAACAACCAAAUAAUACUGGAUGAAAAAGAAGACAAAAUACACAAUUAAAUAAAUAUAUAUUACAAGUGUUCUGUGAAUAUGAUAAAAAAAAAAAAAAAAAAAAAAAUAGAA